AUGGACAAGAUGAACAGGACAUCAUGGACUGAGUUUGUUUUCCUUGGGUUGUUGAACCACACAACAACCCACACUAUUUUCUUUGGUGCUCUUCUAGUUGCCUUCUUUAUCGCCUUGUUUGGGAAUUGUCUCUUUCUUUUGCUGAUCCAAACAGGUUCUGAUUUUCAGACCCCCAUGUAUUUCUUCCUCAGUCAGUUGUCCUUUAUGGACAUUUGCCAGAUCUUCACCAUUGUUCCUAAAAUGUCAAUGGACUUCUUAACCAAGAAGAAUGUCAUUUCAUUGGCCGGAUGUGGCAUCCAGAUAUUCUUCACAUUGACCAUGGGAGGGGGAGAAUGUCUCCUGCUGACUGUGAUGUCCUAUGACAGGUAUGUGGCAAUAUGCAAGCCCUUGCAAUAUCCUGUACUCAUGACCAGGAAGAUCUGCCUAGUCUUGUCGGCAGGAGUCUGGAUCGGUGCCUCUUUUCAUGCUCUGAUACACACCAUUUCUAUUAUUCGUCUAUCCUUCUGUAAGUCAAAUGUCAUCAAUCAGUUUUUCUGCACAGUUCCAAGUGUGCUGAAGUUGUCUUGUUCUGAGACAUCCACCUAUGAGAAAGGAUUGUUCCUCACUGGCCUUGUGAUGCUUCUUAGUCCUUUCUCAGUCAUUCUGGCUUCCUAUGUUUCCAUCCUUUUGACAGUCCUGGGAAUGAAGUCAAUUGAAGGAAGGCGCAAGGCAUUUGGCACCUGCAUAUCCCACCUGUGUGUGGUGGGCAUCUUCUAUGGAGCAGCCAGUUUUAAAUAUAUGAGACCUGGGUCGUACAGAACACCACGACAGGAUAAGAUUGUCUCUGUGUUUUGUGACGUUGUGACCCCUAUGCUGAACCCCCUGAUCUACAGUCUGAGGAACAGAGAUAUUUUAGCAGUACUGAGAAAAUGGCUUGGAAAAUGCGGUUCACACACCUGA